AUGGAGAGGACACUCCUCUGUCUGAUCUUUCUCUGCGUAACCACCGUGCCGGCUCUUGGAUUCUAUCUUCCUGGCGUUGCACCACAGGAUUACGCAAAGGGGGACAAAGUUGUCUUGAAGGUGAACAAAUUGACGUCAACCAGGACACAGCUGCCAUAUGAAUACUACUCUAUGCCAUACUGCCGUCCCGAGAAAAUUCUCCCCAGUGCUGAGAACCUUGGGGAGGUGUUGCGUGGUGAUCGUAUAGAGAAUUCUCCAUAUGAGGCAAGGCACUCUCCUCUCAAAUGCACAGUUGAUGAGCAGUGCAAGACCUUGUGCAAGAUCGAUGCACUGUCAGCUAACCAAGCAAAGGCCUUCAAGGGAAAGAUCGAAGAUGAUUACCGGGUGUUGAUGAUCCUGGACAACCUUCCGAUCGCCAUUGUGCGAUUGAGGGAUGACAAUGGGCAGCCCUUCAAGACCUACGAGCGCGGCUUCCCAGUGGGGAGAAUAGAGGAGAACGGCAAAUUAUAUCUGCACAACCACCUGCGCUUCACGAUCCUGUAUCACCGUGAUGCUGAGACGGACUUGUCUCGCAUCGUUGGCUUCGAAGUGGAGCCCUUCUCAGUGAAGCACAAGUAUGACGGCAAGUGGAAUGCCGACAGGCCAGAGCUGAAAACCUGCAAUUCCAACAGCAUGAAAUUUGUCAGCGAGAAGGAUCCCAAGCAGGAGGUGAAGGAGGGCGAGGAGGUUAUCUUCACAUAUGAUGUCAGCUUCAAGCAAAGUGACAUCCGGUGGGCGUCGAGGUGGGACACCUACUUGAUCAUGACGGAUGACCAGAUCCACUGGUUCUCCAUCAUCAACUCCCUCAUGAUCGUCCUCUUCCUGAGCGGCAUGGUCGCCAUGAUCAUGAUGCGCACCCUGCACCGUGACAUCUCCAAGUACAACCAGCUCGAGACCGCUGAGGAGGCUCAGGAGGAGACAGGCUGGAAGCUGGUGCACGGAGAUGUGUUCAGGGCACCCGCGAAUGGCGCGCUGCUGUCGGUCUAUGUGGGCACCGGCGCGCAGCUGCUGGGCAUGGCACUGGUGACCAUGGUGUUUGCGGUGCUGGGCUUCCUAUCUCCCGCCAACAGAGGCGGCCUCAUGACCGCCAUGCUGCUCCUCUUCGUCUUCAUGGGCAUCUUCGGCGGCUACUCAGCCGGCCGCCUGUACAAGACAUUCAAGGGCGAGCAGUGGAAGAAGACCACGCUCAAGAUGGCGCUACUGUUCCCGGGGGUGCUCUUUGCCGUCUUCUUCACCCUCAACAUGCUGGUGUGGGGCCAGAAGAGCAGCGGCGCAGUGCCCUUCGGCACCCUCUUUGCGCUGUUCUUCCUCUGGUUUGGCAUCUCCACGCCCCUCGUCUUUGUGGGGUCCUAUUUUGGCUUCAAGAAGCCCGCGCCCGAGGACCCCGUCAGGACAAACAAGAUCCCGCGGCAAAUCCCCGACCAGGCAUGGUACAUGAACCCGAUGUUCAGCGUCCUGGUGGGAGGCAUCCUGCCAUUUGGGGCUGUCUUCAUUGAGCUCUUCUUCAUCCUGACCUCCAUGUGGCUCCACCAGUUCUACUACCUCUUUGGCUUCCUCUGCCUCGUCUUUGUCAUCCUCAUCAUCACCUGCGCCGAGAUCACCAUCGUCCUGUGCUACUUCCAGCUGUGCUCCGAAGACUACCACUGGUGGUGGCGCUCAUAUUUCACAUCCGGCAGCUCUGCGCUGUAUCUCUUCCUGUACUCUGCCUUCUAUUUCUACACCAAGCUGGACAUCACCAAGCUGGUGCCCAUGGCGAUGUACUUUGGAUACAUGUUCAUCGUCUCCUACUCCUUCUUCUGCCUCACCGGCACCAUCGGCUUCUAUGCCUGCUACAUCUUUGUCCGCAAGAUCUACUCGGCCGUGAAGAUCGACUGAGGCUCUGACCCGGCAGCAACGAGUCCCUGCAGUGCGCAGGAAUACCUGUCUGACAGUCAGACAAAGCUCUGGGUGCAUGUGAAGCUCUGAGCUGCGCCCUGACGCCUCACUGCUGUGACCUGGUGCAACGCAGCAGUGCUCUGCCCUGCAUUCUGGGAGCUCGGCUAAGGGGCGGAUUAGUAGCUCAGAGGUUGCAUUGAGGUUCUCUUGCAGGGCGUCUGGUGCUAAAGCUUCUGUUCAGGAAGAACAAUGCAUCGAUGAGUGUUGCUUUUUGGGACAUCAAAGGCUAGUGCGUUCAAUCUUCAUAUCCUCAGGCCCUUGCCGAUGAUGCCAGAGCUUAUGGUGGGAUGAAGGGAUGUGUGCUGCAGCCAUUGCAGAAGUAGCCCGCCAGGUGUUAGGGGUCUAUUUGUGCGGGAGCAGGCUAUUAACGCUGUGGUAUUUGUUGGUGGUACUGUGCACACGACACAAGUGUAUGAUUUACGAGGCAUGCAUGCAAAGCGCUCUCAGAAUUUAGGAUUGCCAAUGGCCACCCGCAACAUGCCAGGAAUAGUUCGGGGCCCAUGCGGGGUGCACAAAAUGGCUGGGAACAGAAUUGAUGACUGUUUGCACACCACCUGGAACGGUAUAUACACAACCUUAUCAUAAUUUGAAUCUUGCCUGUUGCGCU